AUUCAGGUACAUAAGCACUGAACAUCUAAUUUUAUAUCAAAGAUGGAUCUUAGAAUACAUACCUUUCUAGGUACAGUAUAUAAGAGUGAGGUGGCUCCCGUCAGCUGAGUACAAGUCCCUGGAGAAGAUCACAGGUGUAAGCCCUUAGCUGCAGCAGCAGCAUGGAGGGGUUGGGGUGGUGGUGGGGUGUGGGUACACUCCUGGGUAAAAGAUCAACAGAGUUAAUUUACUCCCAAAUGGUUAGUUCAGUGUCCUGCACAGGAAAUUGUUAUUGGCCAAUAAAUGGAAAUUGUUUUGAUAUAAAGAAAAAGUUUGGGUUUUAGAAUGGGUCUGGGGUUCAGAAUUUGGCUUAACUACAAAUUAGUAAAGAGAUUUAGGGCAGUUUACUUAAUCUAUCUGAAGCCGUUUCCUCAUCUGUGAAAUGGAGAAGAGCCAUGUCGUACGGUUUUUUGAGGAUUAAUUAACUAGUUAAAAACAGUUUACUAUAGUUUUCUGGUAAGUCAUUUAAAUGACUUGUUUGUAUUGUGGUUCCUCUUUCUAAAGGAAGCAGCCACUUAGUGGGUUUAUUUGUUUUCCUUUCUCUGUAGGGAGUUGAAAUUUCAUUGUGCUUUUAUCAAUAUUACAAAGAAAUUCAUCCAGUUAUAUUUGGUAAUUCUUCCUGCUUAUUUUUGAGAGCUCAGCAUUUUGGCUGUUGUUGGUCUGCUGUUAGCUGGGUGGUGAAGAUCACUUUGGGACAUUUUCCAGAACUUAGUCUGUGUUUUGGACAAGUAUCUUUGUACCUUUUAGAAACAGAUAAUUGUAACUGGUGGGCAAGAUAGAGAACCCAGGUUGGGGGUUUCACUUGUCCCGUUUAAGGAGACUAAAUUCAGGAAAUUAUCUGAAUGAAUAAGUCCCAGAUAGUAAGAUAAACUUGGUCUUGUCUUGGGGCUAACUAUCCAUUAAGGAUAACAAAUGUGCCUCUCUACAACUUGUCUUUUAGUGCUCAGAGACAAAAUGCUGGGCUUCACUCUGAUCCAACACCAUUCAGAUAUUCUGAGAGUCAUAAUAAAUCUUCCCUUCUUUUUAAUUCAUCACCAUCAACCCUUUAGCUUUCAGUGCACGCUUUUUCAGUGCUGUAAACACAGGACUAGAAUAGUUUCCCAACUAGAAUAGCUCCUCACAGUAAAUCAUUUGGUGUCUUAUCCACGUAUCUGUUGGUUUGGCGAACUGUGGUGGCUUACAUGUUGCUGUGAUGCUGGAAACUAUGCCACCAGUAUUUCAAAUACCAGCAGGGUCCCCCAUGGUGGACAGAUGUCAGCAGACCUUCCAGACUAAGACAGGUUCGAAGAAAGGCCUGAUGAUCUACUUCUGAAAAUUAGCCAAUGCAAACUUUAUGGAUCGCAACAGAAUAGUGUCCACUAUGCUGCUGGAAGAUAAGCCUCCUUGGUUGGAAGGCACUACACAGUAGCCACAACAAUGGACUAGGUUACACCAAUGAUCAGGAAGAUGGAGCAGGACUGAGCAAUGCUUUACUCUGUUGUACAUGGGGCCACCAUGAGUCAGAGCCAACUUGACGGCAACUAAUAAAAGCAUACAUCAGAAAACCCAGGAAUUAGGGGAAAAAAAUUCCCACUUCAGUAUUAUAAGAAUAAUUCUUGUUUGCCCUGGAUUCUUGAGUGUUUUCACACUUAGAAACUUGUAUUCCUCUAUUCUGGUUAGGCGGUAGGCAGUCUAGAAAAUAUAUUUAACUUAAAAAAAAAGAAAUCCAUUCCUUUGUAAGCAAUUCAUACCCUGGCUGCUGGCACCACCCCCUGGAGAAGUACUGCUUCUCAUUCAGGGCUUUUUCUUUUGCCAUGCUUCUAAUCCACGCAGAGCCUACCAUGGGCAAUGUUCUAAGUGUAUCAUGAACUACAGUGCCUUUUGCCUAUUGCUCUUGUUUACUCAGAGAAAAAUUAUGCAUAUGUCCAGAAAGGAACUCAUCACAUGUCCCAUUCGAACAGUGAGAAAGUCUUACCUUAACAAUUGUAAAGAUACAGAAGACUCAAACACUCUCCUACCAAGUUUCAGACUCUUCUCCCCAAUAGGGAGGCCUUAUCAGCUUGCCCCUGUCAGAGAAGUGUCCAGCAUUUGGUAUUCCAGACACCUCCUGCCCCUCCUCUUUAGUGACACAGAACUGGGAACUUGCCAAGGCUUAGCUCCUUGGCUCAGGCACCACCUCAGCUGUUUCUUAGAAGACUUUGUUCAUCUUAAUUCCAGGUAUUUGAGAAUGCCGAGCCCCAGGGCUGCAUCUCUGAGACUCUAUGCCAUGACCCAAAUGUUGCAGAGCAGUUUCCCAGCACUGUACCUUGUUGGGGCCUUGAUCCUACUGCAGAGCCCUUUGGCCCUGUGUGGUUGCAAAAUACCUCCAAGCAUUGCUCAUGGAUCCUAUAAAUAUGUGAACACAAUUCUAUUCUUUCCUACUGAGGUGGAAUAUAAAUGUGAUGAAGGAUAUGUUCUGGUUGGAAAGGCUAAAAUCACCUGCACAUUUUCAAGUUGGUCGUCUCCAGCUCCUCAAUGUAAAGCUCUGUGUUUGAAACCGGAGAUAGAAAACGGGAAGCUGUAUGUGGAUAAGGAUCAGUAUGUUGAGACUGAAAAUGUCAUCAUUAAGUGUGAUCCCGGCUAUGGUGUAGUUGGUCUCCAGAGUAUCACUUGCUCAGAGAACAGAACCUGGUACCCAGGGGUGCCCAAGUGUGAGUGGGAAGCCCCUGAAGGCUGCAAACAAGUGCUAUCAGGCAGAUACCUCAUGCAGUGUCUCCCAAGGCCGCAGGAUGUGAAAAUGGCCCUGGAAGUAUAUAAACUGUCGUUGGAGAUUGAACAACUGGCACGAAGAGUUGGACUUGAAGAGGAACACUAGUUAGAAAUCAGCACAUCUACUCCAUCCCUCUCCCCCUAAAGAAAAUAGAGAAAUUAGGUCCUCUUCCUAUAUAGUAACGCUAAGAAGUCAGACCCAAACUCUACUGUUUCUUAAAUAUUAUCAUUCACUAGAAAAAUAUUCCUGUGUUGGAAGAAUUAGUUAAUAUUCUUAGUGCCACUGAUGAUGUGGAACUAUUUAUUGAUUUAUGUCCUCACAGCUCAUCUUACACUUCUGCUUUCCUGGAUUUGGUGGGCUGUCUAAAAUAAAUGAUCACCUGUCGAAAAUCAAAUUUUCCUUGUUUUCACUUAGAUUUCUGUGUAAUGAAAACUUAGGGCCCUUUACAAAUCACUUCCUAAUGUUUCUUUGAAAAUAUAGACUUACACCCACGUUGCUACCUUUGUCUGAAUUGUCUUUAUGCUACAUCAUCACUUCCUACUCACCUUUCAGUGCUCAGGUCAAACAUCACAUCUUCCUCCAAGUCUCUCUUCUCUCCCUAUUUGACCAGUAUUUAUCUGGAGUCAUUUAUCAUCUUCCACAUUUAAGAUAUAUUUGGUUUUGUCCAACAUC